UCAGUAUGAAGACGCUUUUGAAGAUGUGAAAUCACAAAUAAUAAACUAUUUUACAUACAAAGCUGUAAUGACUGUUCUAGACCAGCUUCAAGAAAUGAACCCUCCACAGUAUCAUUGGCUCUAUGAAUUUAUAGUAACAAACAAGCUUAGAGAUGGGAAGCAGUUUAUUUCUACUCUUAUGAAGGAAAAACAAGAGCUCGCUGAAAGAGUGAUGAUAACACGUCUGGACCUCUAUGGGAAAUGGAUAAAGAAAUUUGACCACGAUGAACUGUAUAAACAAAUAUCUGAUCAGAACUUGGAUGUGAAGCGUGAAUGGCUGAUGUAGAUAGUGGUUUGGCCAUCUGAUGAAGAGAUGGUUGGAUGAAAAGGAAUAGAAGCUCUAUAACCUCUAUUUCCUACAUGUCAGUACUUUUCAUAUUUUUAUAAUUUUAUGUCUUUAUUAUUACUAUGUUUACCCUAAGCAAAUACUCUACUUACACAAACACAAAGUUAAAUAACACAUUCACAAAAAUUGUAAAAUCAUACAUCCUUGGUAAACAAAGUCCCCUAAGUUUUCAUUUCAUCUUUUGGCAUAAUCUUGAUUCCACUAAGUUUUCCAAGAAUAAAUAGUGAUUCCUUUCACCAUUCACCCCCUCUACACCUUUUCUUUAGUCGAUAUUCUUUUAGUUUGAUAAGCUGUUUGCAAAGUGCGUCAUUUCAACUGUACCCUUUCAACUUAGCCAAGCAUAAAAACGACUAGUGACCUACUAGACAAUCUAGAAGGAUGAGCUUGCAACUCUUUGCAAAAAACUAAGUAAAACUACUGUGUAUAAUUACAUCGGUUCAAGUUUGACGUUUCUUCCAAACUAUUGAGUUGUACAAAUUAAGUUGAAUUGGUGGAGUUACACACAACAGCCUUUUUUCGAUGUGGCAGAAGAGUGGCUAGUUAUCCGUCCAAAUUGUUUAGCGGACCACUAGUAUUUUUUAUAUUGUGCUACUUUAGUAGAGUCCAAUUAAAACAUUGUAGACUGUUAACAAAUUAUCCAACACUAAGGGGGUGUUUGGAGUGUUUGGGUGAAAGUGCAGAAGUGAUUCUGGUGCUCUAAUCUACUCCUAGAAUCAGUUUUUUAGAAGCUGGGGGAACAAGCUUCUGAAAAUUGAUUCUGAUCUGCUUCUGUUUCUGCUUUAAAAAAGAAGCGGAAGCAGAAUGAGUUCCAAACACCCCAAGAAAGUGAACCAAAGAGAAGGUAGAAAAGAAAGUGAAUUAUGCCAUGAUUAUGUCAUUGAUGAAAAGGGAAUUGACGAAUCUUUCUUUAACUAAGGAGGUACUAUUUUAUGCUUUGUGUAGAUAUGUAGUUUAACUUUGUGUUGUUAAGAAUAGAGUGUUUGUACAGUGUAAACAUCGUAUGGGUAAGUGUAUAUACUGUAUAUGGUAUUGUAAAUGUAUAAACUUAUUAAUUGGUAUAUGCUACUACGUAUGAUAUUUGACAAGCUUCAUCAUAUGCGUUAUUAUUUCUAAAAGUGUGUGAAGGACAUUAUCCGAG